GCGGUUAGUUUGUUACUGAAAAACCAAACCCUAGCAAUAUCACAGUUUCUACUUCAAAUACUGUGACAUAACUUAACACAACCCUUCGAACUCGCCGUUUACGCUCUGCGCCUUCGCAUCCUCACUUGCUCCAACUCUCUCUCUCUCAGAAAGAUGAAGGUGGUCGCAGCGUAUUUACUCGCCGUUCUCGGAGGUAACCAGAGCCCCUCCGCCGCUGUUAUCAAGGAAAUUCUCGGCUCCGUUGGUGCCGAGGCAGAUAGUGAUAGGAUAGAACUAUUUUUAUCUGAAAUUAAGGGAAAGGAUAUAGUUGAGGUUAUUGCUGCCGGUAGGGAAAAACUUGCUUCAGUGCCCUCUGGUGGUGGUGGUGCUGUUGCUGUUGCUGCUGCGCCUGGGGGAGGUGGUGGUGCUGCUGCCCCUGCCGCUGAGGCAAAGAAAGAGGAAAAAGUCGAGGAGAAAGAGGAAUCCGAUGAUGAUAUGGGUUUCAGUCUUUUCGAUUAAUUGGUGUAGUCUAUCCAGCUUUGUCCAGAACAUAUUCUCAAUUGACACUAGAGAUUCUGAGUUUGUCAAAUUUUGUUCUAAAGAGUAAUGUAGUGUGUUUUUAUAUUAUAUCUCAAUGACCAACCAAGUUGGAUGACUUUAAUUUGAUACUUAGUUUCUUGAUGUUAUGGAAUUUUAUUUUGGGUAUCACAGAAUAGUUCAUCUCUUGUUAUACUUUUUUACUAUGGCUAUCAUAAGUUUGAAGUGCAUUAUUUAAUGAA